UAGAAAAUAGCCCAACUAAAGUAUUAAUUAUCCAUCCUUUAAUUUUCUCCAAAUGUCUCCAAAACCUUAGACCAAUAAAUUUGCUGUCAAUUUUAUCAUAAUUGCUUGCUCUUUUUUUAGCUAAUUUGAAGAAAAUCUUCAAUGGGUUUUUUACUUUUAAAUUUUUCUUUUACUACUUUUUAAUUGUUGAUUUUAGUGUUGUUUAUUUUAGAUCUAAGAAAAAAAAAAAUGACAUCUUUUAGUGGUUUAUUCAUUGGUUUAAGUUUCCUUUUUGGUUGCAUCGUAAUGGUAUUUGUUGCAGAAUUGUACUACUUGUUAUGUAUAAGAAAAAUAUUUUCAAAAACUAAUUGUUUUGUCACUACUCGAGAAGUCGCAACAAAUCAAGAUUUGAAGUUUGGUGCAUCAACAUCGUCAUCGUCGUCGAUAAAAUUGGAAGGAUACAGAGAAGAUAACGAUGAAUCGGAAUUUAUGAGGUUACAUAACCUUCGAUUCCUAUCAACAAUUAAAGAGGAAACUAAAGAGGAUUUGGAAUCUGAGGAUGGAAGUAGAAAAUGUUCAAAAAGUAAAAGUUUUAGUGAUAUUACACUAAUUCUUACUCCUCUGUCUUCACCAUCUGUUAAAUCUCAAGAAUUCAGUUUCAAUCCUUUAUUUGAAUCUGAAAUUAAGAGUAUGAAAUCUUCACCACCACCAAAGUUUAAGUUUUUGAGAGAUGCUGAGGAGAAACUUAUCAAGAGAUUAAUUGAAGAAGCUGAGAAGAGAAAAAAAUCAUCAAAUUCAACAACCGGCAGAUCAUAGGUUCGAGUCGUGAAAAUGGUCAAUAUUGUAAUCAAGAGUUAGAAAAAUCUACUUUUGUAGUUCUGGUAGUAGAAAAUAUAAAUUUCAAUUUGCUGGUGAAAUUUUUGGA